CGGCUUAAAACGGGCCGGUUGGAUACUUCAGCCCGUUCUGUCAAAUGGCCCGUUUUAACCCGUCAAAACUCGCCCCACUCGCUAGGCCCGCUGGAUCUGUGCAGCCCGCUCCAAUCGGCCGGGCUGAAUUAAACUCUGCAAAACCCAGAACAGGGCAACCACCAACCAUUGACGAGCUCCGGAUCUCAAGUCUCAGAUGCUCAGCCGCCUCCGUCGACGGCUCCACAGCUCACCGUCUAGCCCAUCACCACUCACCUUCGGCUCCUUGCUCCACUGGACAGAAGCAGCAAAGCAAAACACCUCCGUCGGCAGCUCUACAGCUCACCAUCCAACCCAUCAUCGCUCACCUUCGGCUUCAUCCUCCACUGGACAGAAGCAGCAACACAAAGCAAAAUAGAAUCAACAGAUCUGCCUCACUCCUCCGCCUAUCACCUCCUUCUCCUUCCUCCACCAAACAAAAACAGCAAAGAAAAACAAAAAUGGAAUAUGUUUGCUUGGAUGACAGUGGUUCAGAAGAUGGGCAUUCCAAGCAGAGUUGUGAAAUAAUCGACCAUCUUUUUCGCCUUUUCUUGAUUCCCGUUUUGCAGAUAUUGUAAAUUUUAAUUAAAAUAUUGUCUUCCGUUUUUAUAGAUGAAAUUCAGAAAAUUUCCGGCUUCUAUUGAAGUUAUUACUUCCUAUUUCCCUUUUUUCUUUAUUUUUAACAUUUACAAAUUUUUAGAAAUAAAAAGGGGAAUUAGAU